AUGACACUACCGCAGGCUCUCAAUUCUCCAUAUCUUAGACAGCUGGGAAUCAAGUACGUAGAUAGCAUCAUCGAACUGGUUCGGAAUUACAAUGACGAGGAACUUCUUUCACAAACCAUUCUCUAUUUGACCAAUGCGCACAAACAUCGAGGAAUCACUGUGGCACAUUUGGUGGCAGCGCUGCCAGUUUUCACGGACACCAUUGUAAGUUAUCUGAAAACCGAGGAGAACAAAGAAAGCAUGCAAGAAAUAUUAUCUGUGGUCUUACCGCUGAUCGGUAAACGUCUCUGA